AUGACUCGUUGGCUUCGCUCCAACGACAAGCCGCCCAAGUGGCUGGCCUUUCGGUCUUCCUCGACAUUAAUCACCGUCGCCGUCAGCUUUGCCGUCUUCACCGAUGUCUUUCUCUAUGCCGUCGUUGUCCCCGUCAUUCCAUUCACGCUGGAAUCGCGCAUUGGUGUAGAUUCCGACAGAGUUCAGUAUUGGGUGUCGGUUUCUCUCGCGGUGUUUGCCGUGGCUUUAUUCGCCUCCUCCCCAAUUUGGGGGUGGAUGGCCGACAGGUACCAAAAUCGCCGUAUUCCAAUGCUCGUUGGUCUCCUGUGGCUCCUCGCCGCCACGCUCCUUCUCUGCCUCAGCAGCAACAUUGCCAUGCUGCUCAUCGCCCGUAUCCUGCAGGGUCUGUCGGCGGCCAUGACCUGGAGUGUCGGACUUGCGCUGCUCAUCGACAGCGUCGACAAGAAGCACGUUGGCCGAGCCACCGGCUGGACCAGCACAGCGCUGACGCUCGGCAUCCUGCUCGGGCCGCUCGUCGGCGGCAUCGUCUAUGACAGGGCUGGCAAUUACGCCGUCUUUGGCAUAUGUUUUGGCCUGAUUGGCAUUGACAUUGUGCUGCGUAUCAUCAUUGUCGAGCUCAAAGAGGCGAGAAAGUGGAGGAGCAAAGAGCCAUACUCGGACAGCACGACAGCUGCCGCCAAUCCGACAGCGCGCGAGGCGACCGCAGGGCAAGGUGCCUCGGUCGCCGAUCCCACGCCGCCAUCAACCAGUCUGGCCGACCAUGACGAGUCUGAAACCAACGAGGACCCGGGCGUCAUUGAGAGACAACAAUCGCGUGGUGCAUUUUCCAUUGCCGGAAAGAAUGGGAUACUGGGGCUCCUGAGAAAACGACGCAUGCUCUGCGCCCUCUUCGGCGUCGUCAUCCAAGCCGCCACGCAGACGUCCUUUGACGCCAUCAUGCCGCUCCAAGUCCACGACCUCUUCCACUGGAACGCCAUCGGCGGGGGCCUCAUCUUUCUGCCCAUCGUGCUGCCCACCUUUCUCGGCCCCGUCGUCGGCUCGCUCAGCGACCGGCACGGCCCGCGCUGGUGCACGGCCGGAGGGUUCCUCUUUUGCGUGCCGUUCUUCGUCUGCUUCCGCUUCGUGACGGAGAACAGCAUCGGCGACAAGGUGCUGCUGUGCGCGCUGCUGGCCGCCAUCGGGCUCGGCGAGGCGUUCCAGGUCGCGCCGCUCAUGGCGGAGAUUUCGUGGGCCGCCGAGGAGGGCCGCGCCGAGGACGCCGGCGCCGUGCCGUACGCGCAGGCAUACGCGCUCUACAACAUCUCCUUUGCGGCCGGCGCCAUCAUCGGCCCGCUCCUGUCCGGCAUGGUCCGCGAGAGCAGCGGCUUCGGCACCGUGGGUUGGAGCCUCGCCAUCCUCAACGGCGUCACCGCGCUCGUCAUGCUCAACUGGGUCGGCGGCGCGCCGCUGUACAGCUUCAGGCAGGGCAUCAGGCGGAACGGGGAAGAGGAAUCUUUAGCUCUGAGCACGGCGCCGGUGGCGAGCGCGGAAAGCGGACAGCAGGCCGGUGGGAAGGGAAAAAGCCCCAGCGAGGAACAACGGCGGCGUGAAGAAGAUAUAGCAUAG